AUGAACCCAGAGGUCAGUCACCUUCACCUGAUGAACCCAGAGGUCAGUCACCCUCACCUGAUGAACCCAGAGGUCAGUCACCCUCACCUGAUGAACCCAGAGGUCAGUCACCUUCACCUGAUGAACCCAGAGGUCAGUCACCUUCACCUGAUGAACCCAGAGGUCAGUCACCUUCACCUGAUGAACCCAGAGGUCAGUCACCUUCACCUGAUGAACCCAGAGGUCAGUCACCUUCACCUGAUGAACCCAGAGGUCAGUCACCUUCACCUGAUGAACCCAGAGGUCAGUCACCUUCACCUGAUGAACCCAGAGGUCAGUCACCUUCACCUGAUGAACCCAGAGGUCAGUCACUUUCACCUGAUGAACCCAGAGGUCAGUCACCCUCACCUGAUGAACCCAGAGGUCAGUCACCUUCACCUGAUGAACCCAGAGGUCAGUCACCUUCACCUGAUGAACCCAGAGGUCAGUCACCUUCACCUGAUGAACCCAGAGGUCAGUCACCUUCACCUGAUGAACCCAGAGGUCAGUCACCUUCACCUGAUGAACCCAGAGGUCAGUCACCUUCACCUGAUGAACCCAGAGGUCAGUCACCUUCACCUGAUGAACCCAGAGGUCAGUCACCUUCACCUGAUGAACCCAGAGGUCAGUCACCUUCACCUGAUGAACCCAGAGAUCAGUCACCCUCACCUGAUGAACCCAGAGAUCAGUCACCCUCACCUGAUGAACCCAGAGAUCAGUCACCCUCACCUGAUGAACCCAGAGGUCAGUCACCUUCACCUGAUGAACCCAGAGAUCAGUCACCCUCACCUGAUGAACCCAGAGGUCAGUCACCUUCACCUGAUGAACCCAGAGGUCAGUCACUUUCACCUGAUGAACCCAGAGGUCAGUCACCCUCACCUGAUGAACCCAGAGGUCAGUCACCCUCACCUGAUGAACCCAGAGGUCAGUCACCCUCACCUGAUGAACCCAGAGGUCAGUCACCCUCACCUGAUGAACCCAGAGGUCAGUCACCCUCACUUGAUGAACCCAGAGGUCAGUCACCUUCACCUGAUGAACCCAGAGGUCAGUCACCUUCACCUGAUGAACCCAGAGGUCAGUCACCUUCACCUGAUGAACCCAGAGGUCAGUCACCUUCACCUGAUGAACCCAGAGGUCAGUCACCUUCACCUGAUGAACCCAGAGGUCAGUCACCUUCACCUGAUGAACCCAGAGGUCAGUCACCUUCACCUGAUGAACCCAGAGAUCAGUCACCCUCACCUGAUGAACCCAGAGAUCAGUCACCCUCACCUGAUGAACCCAGAGAUCAGUCACCCUCACCUGAUGAACCCAGAGGUCAGUCACCUUCACCUGAUGAACCCAGAGAUCAGUCACCCUCACCUGAUGAACCCAGAGGUCAGUCACCUUCACCUGAUGAACCCAGAGGUCAGUCACUUUCACCUGAUGAACCCAGAGGUCAGUCACCCUCACCUGAUGAACCCAGAGGUCAGUCACCCUCACCUGAUGAACCCAGAGGUCAGUCACCCUCACCUGAUGAACCCAGAGGUCAGUCACCCUCACCUGAUGAACCCAGAGGUCAGUCACCCUCACUUGAUGAACCCAGAGGUCAGUCACCUUCACCUGAUGAACCCAGAGGUCAGUCACCUUCACCUGAUGAACCCAGAGGUCAGUCACCUUCACCUGAUGAACCCAGAGGUCAGUCACCUUCACCUGAUGAACCCAGAGGUCAGUCACCUUCACCUGAUGAACCCAGAGGUCAGUCACCUUCACCUGAUGAACCCAGAGGUCAGUCACCUUCACCUGAUGAACCCAGAGGUCAGUCACCCUCACCUGAUGAACCCAGAGAUCAGUCACCCUCACCUGAUGAACCCAGAGAUCAGUCACCCUCACCUGAUGAACCCAGAGAUCAGUCACCCUCACCUGAUGAACCCAGAGAUCAGUCACCCUCACCUGAUGAACCCAGAGAUCAGUCACCCUCACCUGAUGAACCCAGAGGUCAGUCACCCUCACCUGUUUAGUGAAGGGUCUCCUAGGGCUGUAUGUAUCAAGACUCUGAUCCAUCUAAAAGGCAAAACAGGCCCUGGAUCAGCUCCUACUUAG